AUGAUCGGAAGCCUUUAACGUUCAUCCGUUUCCGUUCCGGCCCAGGUCAAACGGAACAAUUUUGAACCCCAAUAAUGAACGAAAGCCAACCCAACCCAAUCGUGCAAGGCAAGCCCAAACGAAAUCGUCGCUUCACGCGCUCUCGGUCCCGGCGACCCCUCACCCAUUCUCUGACUCUGACCGUACUUUACCAACUACACAUGCGCCUCACGCGUCUGUCGACAACCGGCGUAUCAUCGCCGCUCAUCAAACAUCAACAACGACAUGAUCCCUUUUGCGACGCAACCACCUCUAUUCUCUCUCUACUACUCUCUCUCUCUAAAAACCAUACCCCAUUGAACACAGCAUCAAGACCACUAUGGGUGAAUUAACGGAAUCGUCGACUCCCCAACCGGCGACGCCACGUCCGUUACCGUUGCGUGAAGAUUGCUGGAGCGAGGAGGCCACAUCCACCCUCGUCGACGCUUGGGGACGCCGUUAUCUCGAGCUAAAUCGGGGUAACCUCCGUCAGAAGGAUUGGCAGGAGGUGGCCGACGCCGUCAACGCCCGUCACGGCCACAGCAAGAAGGCCUUCCGUACGGACGUUCAGUGCAAGAACCGGAUCGAUACUCUCAAGAAGAAGUACAAGAUCGAGAAGGCUAGGGUUUCUGAUUCUAACGGAGCCCUAGCCAGCUCUUGGCCCUUCUAUGGCCGACUCGAUGUGUUGAUUGGAUCUAGCGUCACGCCUAAAAAGCUGCCGUCCUCACCGCCUGUGGCGGUUCCUUUGGCCUAUCGGAAACCGCCGUCCGUGGCAACGCCAGCGGUGGUUCUUCCUCAGAAGCGUCCGGCUCCGGCGGUGGAUGACUCUUACUUUAGGAGGAAUUAUUCGGCCGUUGCUGCCGCUGCGGCGGCAGAGGAAGAAGAAUCGGAAGAUGAGGAUGAAUCAGAGGAUCUGAGGUCGAGCGAGGAGAGCGGCGAACAGGGAAAUGGGGUGAGAAGGCUCGCGAGGGUGAUUGAGAGGUUCGGAGAGAUAUACGAGAGGGUUGAGGGGGAGAAACAGAGGCAGAUGAUUGAAUUGGAAAAGCAGAGAAUGCAAUUUGCCAAAGAUUUGGAGGUUCAGAGAAUGCAGCUGUUUAUGGACACUCAGGUUCAGCUGGAGAAGAUCAAGCAAGCAAAGAGGUCGGGCUCCAAUGACAUUUAUGGCUAACCAUGUGGGAGAGAGUUACUAAUUAGAAUACGUAUUGCUAGAAGAGGAAUUUGGCAAACCAUAAGAGGACUCUGUAUCAACAAAUUAUCAUCAGCAGCGGGUGUCAAUGUUUUGGUGAAUUAUAUAUAUUUUUGUUGUCUUAACGUCUCCUUUCACUCUUCUAUUUUUAUUUGAGUGGGUAGUUCCACCAGUUAACAUCACUGGACAAACUGUGAGGCUUACGUUUAGCCCAAUGUUCUCUAUUUCACUUUCAUUUCCCUUAUGAUGUGGAUGGAUUGGUUUGUAGUUAGAUUUUUUUAGGAAUACAAAGUUAGAAUUGUUCAGAACUACUAUGUUCAAUGCCAUUAUUCUGAUUAAUGGAUGUAGCUUGACAUUGUUUUGGGUUGUUACUA